AUGGAGGAGAUCAUCCAAGAAGCCAACAAGGCGGUGUUGGAGGCCACACCACCAGCAGGUCAAGAAAAAUCCGCGGCCGCUCUACACUUUCCCGGCGUUCGCUUCGCUGACGAGAACAUCACGACGAAGCCUCAGCAGGAGACGCAGGUGGUGGUGGAGAGCCUGAGGAACAAUACCAUGGAAGACGUGAGACCACCUGAGAAGGAAGAGGUGGAGGUGGUGGAAGUGGACUGGUUGGGGGUGCCUCUAGCAUCCUCCACCCUCCCGGACUACACCUCCAUGUACCGCCACCAUUACCCGGAUUACACUCGCGGGGACAUUUUGGCUCACCAACGGGAGUACCAACCUGUCACAAGUGUAAACAGGAGGACAGAAGGGCGGGAGCUACACGAACAGUUUGAGGGCGUGGGGUGGGUGUCACGGGACACGGUACCUACUGGUCAAGUGGGUGGCUACGUCAAGAAGGGCGGGCAAGUUGGGCGGGCUUUGCUCCACCCACAGGGAGACCGCUGGACCACUCCACCGCCUGUGGUGGACCGACUUCGACGGACCGACCCCAUGGAAUACCUCAACCUGUGUGAACCCCUCAACAAGUUACCUGUUGAGCGGCUGGUGUAUCAGUGGGUUGUACAGGAUCAAGCUGCCCUGGACGAGCGAGCCACUGUGGGCCGCUCUUGCAGAACUUCGGGCUUCACCGCCAACUCUUCCCCUCACCUCCCACCCCCAGAGGAUAGGAACUUCUUCUCCGUUUAUGCUCACAGUUACAACGUUCAAGUUCCUUGUGAUGAUGUGGAAGGCCUCCAUCCUUCUCUACAGCCUCCUGCUGCCGCCCUUGAGUACCCAGGCUACGGCGGCACCCACACCAUGGACGACACCCCUUCCGCCUUCCUCAGGUUGACGCCUCACCAGCUACGGACGAAGCCAGACCUGCUCCAGCGUUCUCGUUCCCACCGCCUUCGCCAGGAACACAAAGAGUUUACCAAUUUCUGACUUGCUGGAGGCUCUUCAUUGCUGUGGUACUUAACCUGAUCAUUAUGAUAUACUUACUUUUAUACCCGAAACGUUUAAAUAUUGAGGACCAAUAUACUGAAUAUGAGAAGUACACACAGUAUCUACUUUGCUGCAAGUUUUUAUAUCCAAGAUUUCAUUUUGUGCUGCUAUGUAUUAUCUUAUUUCACAGGUUAUCUUAUUGCUCAAUUAGCAUUAGCUAUCUACUGUAAGUGCAGCACUUUAUUUGGUUACCUGUAUAUAACUUAAUUUCCACGAACCACAUAUUACUGUACUAUUUAUUUACCUUUUUCUUUUUAUCUUUGGAAAACAGAACGUAAUUUCAAAUGAUUGCAAUUGAUUGUAUCUUUGGCACACAUUUGAAAGGUUGAACAUGACGUUUCCCAGAUGUAAACAAACAGCCGACAUCUUUAUCUCUGGAUGGGUUAGAGUCGUACCGUUAGACCAAGAUUAGAUUUUUUUUUUAGAUUGCCCCCGUGGGGGCUAGUUUAUUGGGCACCCCCUUACAUCCUGUGC